CACGGCGCCGCCCGCCGCGGGAAGGCAGCCCGGCGCUGCGGCCGCCUGGCCCGGGCUGAAGCUACCCCGGAAUAGGGCGACACGCAUGUGCGUCACCCCGGAUGUGAACAUGCCUGCCCGGCUCGCCGCUAGCUUGCUCCGCCCGGUUCCAGCGGCCGUGCCGUGCCGAGCCGUGCCGAGCCGUGCCAGCGACCGCACAGCCCAUUAGAGGCGUGCGGGAGGGGCAGAGGACGAGAGAAGGAGGCAGGGUCGGCCGGGCGCCCUCCCUCCGGGGCGGUCGGAGCUUCCUUCCGGUGCGGGGCCCGACCCCCAGGGCCGUGGCCGGCCGGCACCGGGGACAGGUGCGCGGGGCCGGGCCGGGCUGGGCUAGCGGCGGGCGCGGCCUCCGCUCUCGCCGGGACUGCCCGCGGCGGGGCUGGGCAGCGCGGAGGGGCACCUCCCCGCCGCCCCGCGGAGCACGGCGGGCCCCGGCAGCGAUGGAUUUCCGUGGGAAGAAGUACGAGCGCGGCAGUAACUGGUCGGACCCCGAGGUGGUGGAGCUGCUGCAGCUGUGGGCCGACGAGUCGGUGCAGCUGGAGCUGGAGAGCUGCCUGCGCAACCAGCACGUAUUCAACCGCAUCGCCGAGGUGCUGCGGCAGAAGGGCAUCCACCGCACGGGCGACCAGUGCCGGGAGAAGAUCAAGAAGAUGAAGCUGGAGUACCGGCGGAUCAAGGACAACAGCAAGGCCCCGCGGGGCGGUCGGACGUGGAAGUUCUAUGAAGUGAUGGACCGGGUGCUGGCCAGCCGGCCCCCAGCCUUGGCCUACGGAGCGCUGAGCGGCACCAUGAUGGCUCAGCAGGUGUUGCAGGGCACCAUGGUGGAGACCUACCAUCACCAGUUCGCCUCCUCUGCCCUGCCCUUUGGACCCUCUCCGCACCCUGAACUGAUGGAAAUCAAAUGUGAGGAGGUGAACUCUGAUGAGCACAGCUUGACCCCAGAGCCCCCACCACCCAUGUCUUACCAGCAGGGCUCCCCUGAAGAACAUGAGAUGGAGAGAGCCUUCUUGGAGAGGGCCCAGGACGACUCUCCCAUCUCCAGGGUGGAGAUUCCCAUUGAAAGCAGUGUUUCACCCUCAGGUUUCAGCGAGCCCAGCAUGGCAAACUCGUCACGGAUCCAGAACGUGGUUCCCCGGCCUGGCUUCUCUGCCUUGCAUCGGCUGAGGAAGAAGCGGAGAGGCCAGUGGGUGAAGGACCCACUGGAUGAACUCCUGCUGAAGACUCUGACCUCUCAGCGGGCCAUGGAAGAGCGCUUCCUGCAGAUGGAAGAGCGCCGGUUCCAGCGGGACGUGGAGGUGGAGGAGCGCCGGAUGCAGCUGGAGCAGCGCCGCUUCGAGCAGGAGCGGGAGCACGAGUUCCGCAUGUUCAGCGUCUUCGCCCAGAUGCUCAGCAUCCUCAAGCAGAACCACAAUGGCUCCUCCUCCUCUGCGGUGAUGCCUCGAGGCUUGGACUUCAACCAGGCGCUGUCUGAAGUGAUAGGGAUGGGAGGAGGAAGAGGGGGUGACCCGCAAGGGGCGAGGGCUCGGCCGCUUAGCCAGGGGAGGGUUGAUAUGCAAGGAUUCUGCAGCCCCAGGGACUUCCAGAAGAGCCCCUACCUUUCUGCUCGAGGCAACCUCACCAACCUUUUCCAUGGCUCCACUGAGGAGGGGUACAAAGCCUAUCAUGCUGAUAAGUAUGAUGAAGACAAGAACCCCAAUGGCAUAAUAAACUUUGGCACUAGCGAGAACAAACUCUGCUUUGACCUGAUGUCUAAGCGGCUGUCACAGGCAGAUAUGAACCUGAUGGAGCCUCCCCUGCUUCAGUAUCCUGACUGGAAGGGGCACAUGUUUUUACGGGAGGAAGUGGCUCAGUUUUUGACCUAUUACUGCAAGGCCCAUGCGCCGCUCAAGGCAGAAAACGUGAUUGUUUUAAAUGGUUGUGGCUCUUUGUUCUCUGCCUUAGCCACAGUCCUUUGUGAUCCAGGGGAAGCUGUUCUGAUUGCUACUCCCUUUUACAGUGGUAUAACCCAGAGCAUCUUCCUCUAUGGCAAUGUCAAGCUGGUCUAUGCCUAUUUAGACAGCAAGAUUACUGGAACAAGCACUCGUCCCUUUCAGCUUACAGUGGAUAAACUGGAAAAAGCCUUGCAGGAUGCCCGGGCAGAGGGCAUCUCUGUCAGAGCCUUCAUCCUUCUGAAUCCCCAAAAUCCCCUUGGGGACAUCUACUCCUUGUCAGAGCUUCAGGAUUACCUAGAAUUUGCUAAAAGGCAUGAAUUGCAUGUGAUAGUAGAUGAGAUCUACAUGCUGUCAGUUUUUGAUGAAUCAGCCACCUUUCACAGUGUCCUAGGCAUGGACAGCUUCAGCGCCCAUGACACUAACUGCCAUCUGCAUCCUUCUACAUACAGAUUGCCUGAUCCGCAGCGGACUCACGUCAUGUGGGGCAUAACCAAGGACUUUGCUGUCUCUGGAAUUCGUUUUGGUACUUUAUACACAGAGAACCAAGACGUUGCCAAUGCUGUGGCUUCCUUGUGUUACUUCCAUGGGGUUUGCGGACCUGUCCAGCACAAGGUUGCACAGCUGCUUCGAGACAGAGACUGGAUCAACGAGGUGUACCUGAGGGCCAACCGUGCCCGCCUAAAGGCUGCCCACACGUACGUGACAGAUGAGCUGAAGACCCUGGGGGUUCCCUUCCUCAACCGCAACGCAGGCUUCUUUGUGUGGAUCGACUUCCGAAAGUACCUGAGGACAGGCACGUUUGAGGAGGAGAUGCUGCUCUGGAGGCGUUUUCUGGACAACAAGGUUCUCCUGUCCUGUGGGAAAGCCUUUGAGUGCAGCGAACCAGGAUGGUUCCGUAUCAUCUUUGCUGACAAAACCCACCGGCUGCAGCUGGGCAUGCAACGGAUCCGCAAGGUUUUGGAGGAACGGGAGCAGGAGCUGCUGGCCGAGGAGGAGCAGCAGCCUUGUCAGUCAGAUCAGGAUGGCAAAGCAGACAGCACUGAUGAAGUCAUUUUUGUCUCCCGCCACCAAGAGCCUAGCAGUGCUGGCAGCUCCAACCUUGGUGACCUUAUUGGCCUCCUGCAGCAGCAGAUGCGUUCAUCUGACUGGCUGCAGAAGAACACAGCCGAGCAGUUCGCCCAGGAGAAACCAGAGAUCUACGAUGUCUUCAGCAAACUGGUGGGGAAGCAGUAGGGUCCCCCUGGACCUUCAGGGACUUUCCUGAGCUGUGACUGACCCUGGGCCCUGAAGAGCUGCCUGGUGACUUCCAGCAGAUGAUCUCUUUUCUGUAUAGCAAGGAAAUCAGUUUGUAAACCCCCUUCCUCUCCUCGCCCCAUCCCCGUUUGAGAUCUCUGGUUUGUAUUAUAUGGGUGCAAAUCCUUGGACUGAGGUGAGGACAGGGAAUGGUGGGGAUCCUGCUCACCCUGCCUGGUCUUUUGUAUUUCAUUUCUAAUGAUGAUGCUCUUAACACUCUUAA